UUCAAAGUACGGUCGGCCCUCUACCUGUACAGGUUCCACAUCUGCAGAUUCAACCGACUAUGGUUUGCAAAACGUUUUUUAAAUCCAGAAAGCUCCAAAGAGCACACCUUGAAUUUGCCCUGUGCCAAGCACUAUGCUGAAUCCACAGGAAUGAAGUAACGUGUGUUUGCCCUAAGAUAUAUGCUCAACUGCUGCCCUUAAGUCUCCAGGUUCACAGAAAGUGACAAGACGACACCCCAGCACCAGCGUUUCCUAGGAUGAGUCCAAAGGGAUCUUAUUUCUGGACAGAGGUGGAUGGAGAAGCCCCACAGCAGCCCCCAAAAUACAAGGUCUCCAACCGGUGGGCAGAGUGGAGAAUGCCCUUCCUGCUCCUCCUCCUCGUAUUGUGUCUGCUACAAGCUGUAAAGGCAUUGAAGGGCCCGAGGCUGGUGUCUGGGGAGCUUGGAGGAGCUGUCACCAUCCAGUGCCAUUACGCCCCCCUGUCAGUCAACAGGCACCAGAGGAAGUACUGGUGCCGUGUGGGGCCUCCGAUGUGGACCUGUCACACCAUUGUGUCCACCAACCGCUACAUCCGCCUUGGCUACCAUGGCCGUGUGGCUCUAACAGACUUCCCACAGAGCAGCUUGUUUGUGGUGAGGCUGUCCCAACUAUCCAUGGAUGAUGAGGGCAACUACCGCUGCGGCAUUGGAGACAGCAACAACAUGCUGUUCUUCAGCAUGAAUCUGACUGUCUCUGCAGGUUCCUCCAACACCAUCUCCACGGCCCCUCUGGCUGCAGGUGAAUUCCUCACAGAAUCUUCUGGGAUAGCAUCACCAGCAGCCAAAAGAUGGCCUUCAGGAGCUACCCAGACUCCAGAAGGACAAAGGACAAAAUGGGACAAAGUUGCUCCAACAAGAGAAACCAGAAAAACCACAGCUUCAGCUAAGAGAAGACAGACCCCAGUAACAGUCAGGGCAGUAGCUCUAGCGACAGACAGUGGUGCAGAGGGUUCUGUUAAGGCAACAGUUCCCAUCCCACAGAGUCCAGGUUCAAAACUCAAUGGUGUGUCCACUACAGCAGAGGAUGCUUGCGGAUGGGGCACUGGAAGCUUAGUCACCAAGGUGACCAGGGUCAGGGAGGGUAGAAAAGAGAUGACAACUACUGAGGCCAAUAAGCCAGGAGAGCAAACAGAGAGGACCGAGACAGCUGUGGAUGCAGCCAGGAAGACCACAGGAACCAUUUGGCCAUCAGCCCAGGCCAGGGAAGCUCUACCAGAAGCAACCAUGGUAUCUAAGCAACCGGCCCUGGGCUCUACUGAAGGAGCAACCCCAGCUGCAGGUCCACGGACAUUGAACACCACCCACAGAGAGACAGCAUCUGUGGAAGGAAGCCCCGAGGGGGACCUAAGAAGUGCUGCUGGUGGCCAGGGUCCCCAAGCAACGCCGAGCCAGGGCCCGGUAGCAGGUCCCCAGAGGCCCUCUGGCAAAGGGUCAUCCAGGAAGAGUGCUUCUCCAGAAGUUGAAAGUGGCUCUCGGAUCCUGACUCCAGUCUCUACCCUGCUGGCCCCGUUUCUGCUUGUGGCUCUGGUCCUAUUGCAAAGAAGGAUCCGGAGAAAGAGGAGCUCUCAGGAAGCAGAAAGGACACCAAGAGUCACCCUGAUUCAGAUGACACGUUUCCUGGGGCUGACCCUCCAAUCAGACCAACUGCCCCACAUGGAAAGGGAGAUACUGCAGGGUAAUCCUCCUCCUCCUCUUCCUCCCCAAGCCGGCCUGACUGUCCUGGAGAGGGACCCAGGACCCUGAGCAAUGGAAGAUAAAGGGCUCGGUCAUGAAGGAAGGAGGAGGGCCAGAUACCUCCAUGACUGCAGCUUCUCACAUCCUUCCUCCACCCAUGUGGAGAGAAGCUAGUGGAGCUAGAGCUCCACCUGGAGAAGCAGAUGUAACCAUCUGGACCUCACUGCCAAAGAUGACAGUAGGGCUCAGAGAAAAGGCUUCAAGAGAGGGCUUGCUGAACACAGGAAGAGAUCACCUGGGAAAAGUGUGCAAUUUCCUUUCCUGGAUGUCUGAAAAUAUAAGGACUUCUAACCAGUGUGGAAGGUGACAACUUCCCACCGUCAUUCCUAGCCCUCCCUGAGUGCCACCCUUUUCUGACCUCUGUCAGCACUCUGCUGCUGCUCACGUCAAAGUCCAUUCCAGUAUUCCAAUCUUGCCUGCUCGAGUAAAGUCUAAGCUCCUUCUGCG